AUGAUUAGCCCUCAACGACGAAUUGUUUCGUUAAGUUUGACAAGUAAACAUAAUCGUUUUAAACAAUUUCACUCGCUAUUUAAUCUUGAAGAAUUUACAAAUAUUAAAGAAUUACGUCUCAUUAGUUUAUCAGCAAAUGAUGCUAAAGAACUGUUAGAUAUUAUACCAAAACUACAAUGUAAUUUGACAUCAUUGAAAAUUAUAUUUUCGGUAGGUCAAGAACGGUUUUAUGGUCAAAAAUUACGUGAAAUGAUAUUAUGUGGUCAGACAAUGUCAUCAUUAAAAAGAUGUGUUUUAACAUUUUAUGAUAAUUUUGUUCAAAAACUUAGUAAUAGUUCAACAUCAAACAUUGAAUAUUUAGACAUUGGUAAUAUAUUAAUUCAAGAUUUAAUAAAAUUAUUUCAGUAUCUACCAAAACUAAGACGGUUAUAUGCCUUUUCAGAGACACAUUUUCGUCAUUAUCCAGUGUAUUCUGAGCAUUUAAUACCGUUUGUAUUAUUACCAGCGUUGACAUGUUUAAAAUUAAGUUAUUUUGUUGGUUUAUCGAAUAUUGAAAUCUUGCUAAAACACAUUCCAAAUUUAAAAUAUCUGAAAGUCACAGUAUACGACAGAGAACUUGUCAGUGGUUUAAGGUGGGAACAAAUGAUAAAUCAAUAUUUACCAUUAUUACGUCGGUUCAUAUUAAGACUUACAGUACUCGAAUAUAAACAGGAAGUACUACUUGAUAUAAUAUUAAAGAAUUACGUCUCAUUAGUUUAUCAUCGAAUGAUGCUACCAAUAACCAAAUAA